CGAAAACCGCAACGCCACGAGAAGAGGGGGGAAGGAACCCUGGUUGUACCGACACAUUCCCUUCUCGCCACCUGCCAUGAUGAACCGCGGCUCGUUGACCCUUGCCCUGGUGGCUGUUGCACUGUGCUUCGCUGACCUGCCUGCACAGGCCGAACCGGCAUCCGGCUCUCAUCAUGACUCCACGGUCCGUACGGGGAGUGCGGUGUACAUGUAUCACCCAUCACAUCGUAUGUGUGUCUUGCUGAUGGUGUGCGCGUUUCAUGCAGGACACCGCAACUGACGAACUGGUUGACGUCGGCAUAUUGGCGUUCUGUCGCAAUGUGCUUGAAGACCCUGCCCAGCCUGGCGAGUAUUUCUAUGAGCUCAAUAAUCUGACCCCCGACCGCCCCAAGCAGCGCGUCUACCUGCCUGAUGAAGUCGUCCACGGCAGUGUCAAGUGAGGCCGCAACACAACACAGUUCUGUGUGCCACCAACUGAGAUCUGUGAUGUCUGCCCAGCUUCUACACCACAGACGAGCACGGCCGCAAAACACUAUUUCCCAAGGGCGUGGCGCCAGCCGUGCGUCUGGCCGCCUGGGCAUCCGGCUCUAAUGACUCCGCCGUCACUCAAACGGUCGGUACGGGGCGGGCCGUGUAUCAUCCAUCACAUCGUAUGUGUGUCUUGCUGACGGUGUGCGCGUGUCACGCAGAGCACCGCAACUGACAAACUGGAUGACGUCGGCACGUUGGAGUUCUGUCGCAAUGUGCUUGAAGACCCUGCCCAGCCUGGCGAGUAUUUCUAUGUGCUCAACAGACUGAUCUCCGACCGCCCCGAGGAGCGCGUCUACCUGCCGACCGAUAUCGCCCGCGCCAGUGUCCAUUGUCAGCUAGAUCAUGUCACUGAGCGGCGCUGUCACAAUCAAUGGCCUGCUGUCUGAUUUGUGCUCACACAGUCUACAUAACGGACACGAGCGGCCGCACAACAAUGUUGAAAAAAGGCGUGCUGCCAAAUGAAGAGACGUACGACGACAUUGGCUGCACCAACACACGACGGGCAGACGGGCUCAGAUCGAUUGUGCUUUGUGUGUGUCGUCUUGUUGCCAGUGAGGGUGUGGCCAACAAAGGCGGCGUCACUGCACUGCAAGACCGGCAGGACGAGGGCUCAUCAUCAUCAUCAUCAUCAUCAUCAUCGCUCGAUGCCGCCAUUCAGAGCCUCCAGAGCCGAGUGAGCGAUCUCCAGGGUCUCCAGGAACGAGUGAACAAUCUCGAGCAGCAGCUGGCCAAGGUGGGGGCCCUCUCCAGGGAGGCUGACGGCAAUCUCGAGCAGCAGCUGGCCAAGGUUGGGGCGCUGUCCAGGGAGGCUGAUGCGAUGUUGGGUAAGGGGCUUCUCAGGCUAGGGCAGAGGGAUGCUGAGACCGCUCCGGCCGUUGAGCAGGUCCGUCCAUCCACACGGCCAGGCAGGCAGGCAGGCAGGCAGGCAGACAGGGGGUGUGGUGUGUCAUGCAUGCCUGGGUGACAUCCAUCGUGUCGUGUUGGUUGUGAUGCAGGCCUCGUCACUGGCUGCGUCCUUCCAUGUCCUGAAAGCGCGAGUGGGAGAUCUGGAACACCAAGUGUCCAACGUCGCGACGUCACUUGGGGAGGUGUACCUCAACAGUCUUUCACUUGGGGACGAGGCGGGUGCUCAGAAGGCCCCUCCGGCUGGCGAGGGUUAUCCUCCGGAUGUCAAAGCCACCACCACAACUCCACCACCUCCAACCACCACAACUCCACCACCUCCAACCACCACGGAGCAACCGACGACGACCACCGCUGCCACCACUGAGCCGGCAACGACGACUGAGCCACCCACCACAACGGGUAUGUCCUAAGCAAGACACUGCUGACUGACACCUGGCUGCUUGGUGUUUUGCUGGUAUCCUGCAGACGAACCUGAGGAGCCUGAGAAGCCCGAAGAGCCCGAGAAGCCUGAGAAGCCCUAUAAUGAAGACAAGGCGGCCUCAGGGGGGCUGAGGGGUGCAGUGGAGCCGUCUGCUGUCGCGCACACCAUCAAUGCGACCUCCUCCUACCUCGAGAGAGCGUACCAGGGCCUCAAGUCGCUCAAGGCCUACCUGGGCCUGGGUGGCAACUGACUGACAGACAGACGACACGGGCACACCUAAUACCACCUGAUACUAGUUAACUAGUCGGAGGGGUGUGCGCGUGUGUGUGUGGGGGGGGGGGUCUUUGUGAAUGUGUUGAUGCAUUGCAUGUCACUGCAUGUCGGUUGGCUGAGAAUUUUCCCUGCGCGAGGGUGACCACCGUGACCGCCGAAGACGCGUGGGUGAUGGCUCUCUUGCAGGUUGUUUCCUUGUUUGUCCGCUGGCUGAGCAAUUCAUAGAUCGAAUGGUUUGUGGCUGGCUGCCUGGUUGUCUGUCGAUAACGAUGCGAUUGUGGGCUGCGUGCCGGGGAGGGGAGGGUCCGCAGGUAGAGAAGGCUGAACGUUGUUGUGAGGCAUCCGUGCAGUUAGCUAGCUAGUCGUCACGGUCCACUAGUGGUGUUUUAUUCUUGUGCUGUCUGUACCAAGUGCGUCCAGUCGCUGUGUACAGGAAUGGAAGACUGAGGAGUGACUGAGUGAGAGAGUGCAUCCACCUAGUGCAGUGCAUCCACGUAGCGAGCGGUAUUUUGUGUAUAUGUGUGGGUCAAGAGUAGGGCAGUCGCGCUAAUCGGUGUGCGCGGGAGCGAGUGAGGGAUGCAUCGGCGAGGUACGUGUGCGUGUUUGCAUGGGGGCUGUAUCCAAUCUCAUACAUGUACACAUCGAUGACAACCGGGAUGCCAUGGGAAGACACACACGGGCGCAAGGAUGAAAAUUACCAUCGC